AUGGCUGCAUUUGACGAUUGGUCCGUCAUGUAUGCGACAAAUGACGGGCAAGAUGAUGGGCUGCCUGCUUUACCGAAUCGGUGGCUGGAUGUUUGCGGUAUUGAUAGGGAUGGAAGUGAUGGGCGGCCAAGAUGGCGGGGACUGAUGGUUCGUAUCAAGCAAGAUUCCUGGUUUGUUGCCCACGUGUUAGGUUUUGUGGCCGAGGCGAGCAACAGCGUUUUGCACGAGAUAUGGCUUGAUGGUUGGAUGGGCGAGCUCACAAUCAUCGGAGAUGCGGGCAUCUCGUCCGUCGUUCCUUUGACCAAGCCUCCAGUUUACUCUCGUUGUCUAGGUGAAGAUGGCGAUGACACGUCCGACGGUGCUGAAAGCGGGAGAGGCGCCCAGAGGAUCGACGUAGGCCGUCGCACGGGUGGGAUCCCGUAUCGGUUCCCGAGGACUAUCGACAAGCUCCGGCCAGGUGCUAUUGGAUCAAGCAGACGAAUGAGCGACAUGGGGCCUGGGCAAUUGGGCGACCAUCAGAGCGGAUGGGACGGAAAGCGAGUUGGAUGGUCGAAGUUGCUCUCCGUUCGCCUGCCUGUCUUGUCGAUGAGAGCGAAUGGCAUAGGUCGACAGGGAUUGGAGAAAUGGAGAGGAGCAAAAGGCAAUGGUCGGGGAUGUCUGCAAGCUGGUGGAGGAGCGAGAAAGCAACGCGCCGUCGCACGGCUCAGCAGUAACCUGGGGUCGGAGAAGGCCGAUAAGAAAGCCAAGGAGGUUGCUGAGACUGGGGAGAUGCAAACUCCGACAACGGGGCCGGUGAUAUGGGCAUUGGCUCUCGGGCUGAGCUCCGUCCGAAUUUCCAGGCACGAUAUUAGUGUUCACGAUAGAACGGAAGUUCCGAUGCGUCUUGCUUCCCCAGCGUUCUUCGGAGGCAAGGGCCGAAGUCUGAAAAUGGUCACAAGAAUUAGCAACCUCUACACACGAUCGGUGCUUGAUAUCUAG